CCGAUUUCCGUUCCGCCGGUAGUAGUAGGCGGCUGGGUCUGGGGCUCACCACCGAUUCCGAUCUAAUUCAUCUUUUACCUUUACCCCUUCUCUUUUCUCUUUUCUCUUUUCUCUUUUCUCUUUCAGACCAGCAAACAAAUGGCGGGAUUCAUCUACCAACUCUUCUCAUCUUCAUCUCUGUUCUCCCUUGGACUCUAUCAUCUCAUCUGCUCCACCCGUUACUUUCUCAAAUCUCCCCAUUCCUACUCCGCCAAGCCCUUCCACUCCUUGCCCUUCUCCUCCUCCUUCUCCAACCGCUUCAAAUGUCUCCCUCUUCAUCUCCUCAUUCUCUGCCUCUUCAUUGCCUUCCUCCACCAGGCCAUCAUCUCCUCCGAUCCCGACCCUCUCCUCAAGGGCCGCACUCCCGUCCACCGCUUCACCUCUCUCCAGUCCGCUGCCGUCCUCUUCCUCUUCUUCCUCCUUUCCCUUUCCCUCCUCCUCUCCGAAUCCACCUCUCUACUCCCCAUCCCUCCCGAUCUCUUCUUUGCACUCGCCUCCGCUGUCUUCUUUCUUGACCACUCUGUUUCCUCGGCCGCCGCCUCUGUCCAGACUUCCGAUCUCCAAGUCAAAUGCGAUUCCGUCUCCGCUUCUGUCUCUUCCUUAUCUUCGCUUCUGUGCCUUAUUCUCGCCUGCCAGCCCAGGCUCUUCAUUGUGGAUGUGGGAUUGGCAGCGUCACUGUGCUUGCAGGGGCUAUGGGCGCUGCAGACGGGUCUGUCUCUUUAUGUUGAGACCUUUAUACCCGAAGGCUGUCAUAAGAUGCUUGAUGUUGUGAGCGGUGUAGAGAGCUCUACCAAGUGCGACCUUGAGGAGUCCAAGUUGCGGGCUGUUGCAAUUCUGGAUCUGGCCUUUUUGGUUCAUGUGAUGUUCGUGGUGAUCAUUCUCGUGCUUACUUAUGCUCUUGUUGCUAAGAGCGUCGGGAUGAGGAGACUGGGGGCCUACGAGGCGUUACCCUCUUCUACCACUGCUACUACUCUUGGGGACUCUAAUCAUAUUCAGAUGAAGGCAUUGACGGGCACGCAGGCUUGAUUUUCUUUUCAACUUUCACUCUUCUUCCGUUUAUUUAUUUAUAUAUGAUAUUAUAACUGAUUAGACUGUUGUUGCACUAUCGUUUGUGUGGUUUUAGCUUUACUGACAGAGCUUGUAUCUUUAGGGAACUUGCCCAAGUUUUGUAUAUACAAGUUGUUUUUGGCGUGUGAUUUUCAAUUG